CGGACAUUACUGUCCUCCAACUCUAAACCCGCUCAGGACUGAGCAACGCUUGCCGAGCAGCGGAUAUGCUCCCGGUCUCAACAACUGUUUUAAUCGUUUCCGCGGACGCUGUGCACGCAGCUUCGCAUUUCUGACAAGCUGAGAACGCGUGCUAAAGGAGCUCCUCAGUUCACGAACCCUAACAUGUAACAGAAGACUCGCUGGUUUGGGCUUGUGAGGCAAGAGUGAAGAGCAAUCAAUCACCGGACACCUCCACCGUUAUUCGGUGUGUGUACAGUACAGUGAGCGCUGCUGAGGCAGGAGAACCGUUGCUCUAAUGCUUUCCUGAUCACAGCGAUUCAGCGUUGCUAUUUUCGACCAAACAACAGAUCAGGUUUUAUAGCGGAACAAGAUGUUGCAAGUACUGCUUUGCGGCGUUGUGGUCUUCCCCGGUCUCUUCUUCACUUUCAGAAAAGUGCUCCCGUCCAUUUUCAAGCAGUGGACAGAUGCAGACGUCGUGCUGGUCAGCGAGAGGCUGGUGUCAUCCAUUCACGCUGUUAUGGCCACCACAGCUGGCAUCAUCGUGGUGUCCUCGUGCAAAGGCAAUGUGAUUAUGGACCGACACUGGCUGGCCACCUAUUUUGUCAUUUGGUAUGGCGUUCCCUACAUGUCAUAUGACAUCUUCGCCAUGUACCUCAACCAUUACUAUCGCUUCCGGGUCAAAGGUCACAAGGACUAUAAAAGCCACUCUCUACGAACCGUCAACUCAUUUGUGAGGAAAGAGUUCCUGCUGGUGCUCCAUCACAUUGCACUCCUCACCAUCCUACUGCCUGUGACUCUGCUCUUCAGGAAGGACCAGGGCGAUUACUUCAUUGGCUGCCUCUUCCUCACAGAGCUCAGCACUCCUUUUGUUUCACUGGGUAAAAUCCUCAUUCAGCUGGGGAUGCAGGACUGCUGGCUGCACAAGGCUAAUGGUGGCAUGGUGUUGCUGAGUUUCUUCAUGUGCCGCAUUGCACUGUUCCCCUACAUGUACUGGGCCUACGGCUCCCACUACGGCAUCCCGCUCUACAGCGUUCUCUUCCAUCUGCCGCUCUCCACCAAACUGGGCAGCCUCUGCAUCCUGGCACCGCAGGUCUACUGGUUCGUCCUCCUCUGCCGUAAAGGCUACCGACUCUACAAGCGGCAGCGGGAUGCACAAAACCAGGCCUCUCCGCUGUCCUCGCCCGAGCCGGUCACAGAUAUCUCCAAGGCUGAUUAGUGAAGGUCCCUCUUUAUCUAGAACAAACAAUCAACCGACAUCACAGCUGAAGGCUACGGCACUGCAUCUACUACUGUUAAAGUACAACCAAGACUUCAUGUUAGAAACAUCCUUAUUACUCCUCUUCACUUUACUUCAUUCCAUGCGCACACUUACAUUUACACACGGGGCUGUAACAAUGCCACCACACUGGAUUUACUACAGUGACUUCUAAGGAGCAUCUUUUAGGUCAGUUAUCGAGGGCAGUAACCCUCUUUUCUUUCUCUGAUCGGAGCAUCUGUUACAGUUUGGACUGGUGUCUUUGAAUGUCAUUGGAAUUAUCUGUUACUUUUGUUAGUUUUGGUUUUGUCCCAUGUGAAAUGCUGUCCCUGUAUACUUGAAGUACAAAAAUACACCGGUUUGAACUAGGGAAUUUAUUAUGUGUGUGGCACAGUCAUCAUGAUAAAUUCAUUGGAUUAAACCCCAGUAUUUUAGAUCACAUCCAAGCAGCAUUUCAGAUCACAUCCCACUCAGCACAAAGCUCCGAUCACAUGGUAAGCAUUUCCAUGGCUGCAGUGCUGCUGUUCUUGUUUACAGCUCAUUAGAGUUCUGUGUGUUUGCACACACACUGCCCUGCUGUGACUGUUUACACUUCUCUACCACACACCGCCCUUUUCGCUCUGAAGGCUGCUAAUGAAUUCUGCUUCGCUUUGUGGACCUUUUGAGCAUCCAAAGUCCUCCCAUCCACAUGAGGGCAGUAGAGAGUCGGUCCUUAUGUUUAUAUGGUAUAGACAAGACUUAAGUCUAUAGGGGGAUGAGGUCUUUGCAAGGUACAAAGAGCGAGCACAUAAUGCUUGGCAUCUCUUUUAGGCCACAUGAUGCCCGAGGGCAUUUCCAGGCAGUAGUCAAAGCAAUAACACGGGGCUUCAGAGCAACGGAUUAUGGGUAGGUGGAUAGCCCAUGUGAACACAUGGGUAAAGAUAGAAAAGUUGCAUGACAGCCUACUCCGAAAACUGAUCUUUGUAUAUCUAAAGUAUGUAAUACUGGGUUCCUACAGUCUUGAGAAGAAGGAACAAGUCAGGGAAUUAUACAUUUGAGAUUGAGAUGUGUGGAAAAAGUCAUAAGAAGUCUUUAAAAUUCAUAAUGUCUCUAGUCAGUACAAUUUCUGUAGCUCUUCGCCUAAAUAUAUUUUUUGGCUAGAUGUCACUUUUUAUGAUUACUAUGUCUACUUAAUAAUUUCUAAAACAUUUUAUCCAGAAAAGUCACUGAAAUUCAAAGGUCAAAAAAGAUUUGGGAACCCCGGUAAUGGUGAUUGUGAGUUUGAAGUGUGAAAUGCUCUUGACGCGGGCAUGAAUUUUUAUCUUUCUGUUAACUGAGCCUACAGUUUGAGUUGUAAAUAAAUUCUAUUUAAUUCUACAUUGAUAAAUAUUGCCAUAUAAAAGGGUGAUUUGCUGUUGCCUAGGGUCAUUUUUAGGGAUAAUCUGUGGCUUAUAAGAGCUUGUGUAAAUGUAGGCUUAGCAAGGAACUCAGAAGCCUUUGUUUCAGGGCUUUUAACACAACCUGCAGCAUCUUUCAUAAUACAUUUAGUGAAUGCUGGAUGCCGUAUAAAUGCAGUUUGGCUUUUGGUUAACAGCUACUUCCAGAUUCCAUUAAGCACUUUCAGAAGUGCAGAACUGUCAGAUUAAAAUGUUGCGUAGUGUGUACCCAUGCACUCUUAUUUAGUGUUUCUGAGACAAACUGGACCUAAAGGUUGCCUUUAGCAAGUGUGUGUGUGUGAGAGACAGACAGAGAGAAGACUUAUAUAACAGUGUGUAUAAGCUCCCAGCUCACUCUCUAGGAGGUUGAACGGGGUCUUUGCUGGACUGAAAGAGAAAGAAUGUGUGUUUUGCUCUCCCUUUCAAAAGCUUUAGUACUUUUCAAAGCUAACUAUGCAGUCUUUCAAGCUGCUGUUUAUUGUCUAUGGCAACAGUAUGAUUUCCUUAGAUUUGUUGAAGUGGGAUAAAUUUGGCAGAUGAGUUGGCCAUAUUAAUCAUAAUGCAUUUUACGUUUCUGAUAUUUUUUUGUAUAUUAUGUUGAUGCUUUUCUUCAUUGUUUACUGAGGUCUGCUACUAUAACCAACAUUCUUUUCUCUCAUUUAUAGGUUAGGCUGGUCUUCAUAAGACAUAUCAAUAAUAUAACAAAUACACUAUAUGACUGAAAGCCAAAAGCAUUUCAAAUAUAAUAUAUAUGGGUAUUAAUACGGGGUUUGUCAUUACUUUGCUGCUUUAACAUCUUUCAUUCUUCCCAAGCUGUUGCACAAGUUGGAAGCACACAAUUAUGUUAAAUGUCACUUAAAUUAAGGGGCCUAGCAUUAACUAUGUUCACAAUCUUUUGGCCGUGUAGUGUAAGUCCAUGAUAUAUGAACAGGUUUAUAUUCAGAAGUUUCAAAUGCAUUGAACAUUACCAUAAAUCAUUACAUUUAGGCUUAUUUAUGCCAUGCUUGAACUUGCAGUGCUGUGUACGAUGCUGAUAAUCUUUUUUUUUUUUGAAAAAAAAUAAUACAAGUCUUAAUGUCUUCAAGGCCUCCUCUCUCAGCUCAGGGUUUGAUAAAGAUGUUAUCAUUUAUCAAAUAUUAUUAAGAGAUGAAAGAUGAGACUGUGAUUUACAAAAAGACACAACAUUUCUAAUUGAAAAUGCCUAUAACAGUUUUGGGUUUGGUAGACCAAAGAAUCUUAGGCACUUUUUAAAGUAACAUGUAGUGAAACUUUCAUUGCCUUUCACUCACUUGCCAUCCACAGAGGCUCAGAUCUAUACAGGACUGGCUGUGCUUAUGGCUCAGGCGUCAGUCAGUCUCUAGCAGCAACAAGACUGGAACAUUUCUCACUGAAUUCUCACAAUAUUUUGCUUAGUUUAUGUUAUUUAACUGACAAUUACAAACUGGGUGAAUCUGAUUAAAACAUGUCCAGAUCUUAUUGCACCCCAAAAUCUGUAACAAAAUAAAUAAAAAAUGAAUCGCAUUAAGCCAAUUUUCUUUCUAAAGAGUUUUUUUUUUCAGUGGUAAUGAGAAAUUAAUGUUUAAUUGUCAUAAAAAUAGUCUUAAAAACUAAAAAAAAAAAAAAAAAAAAAAAAAAAAAAAAAAGCUUAGUGCUCAUAAAAUGGAUUUUCUUAAAUAUUAAAUGAUUUGGACAUGUUUUGUGAGAAGGACUGAAGUGGAGAAAUGAGAGGUGUAGAUGUUCAGGAUUGUUUUCAGCUGCUCUGAUUUUGAAUACAUAUCAAAACUAGACUAGGCUGGUUUGCUGGGUGCUUUGUUUGGAGCUUUAUAGUUAACUGUAAAUGGUUGAAACAGGAAUGGAUGAAGGUAUAUGCAGAAAAGUAAGAGGAUAGAAAAUCAAGCUAUAAUAAAUAUGAUUAUAUCUAUAAAAGUUUUGUUUUACCCCCAAAUCAUGUGUUGUCUGGAAUAUCGUAAAUACAGUGCCUUGUAUUAAAGUUGUGAGUGAUAUUGAUACAAGCUCAGUGCACAGCCGCCCUGGGCAGGUGGUGUUUUAGGUUGUGGCCAUCUUCACUCACUUUUUUUUUGUUCAAAUACAUUACACAGAGCUAAGAAAAACCUUUGUAUCAGUGUAAUGCACACUUUAAUUCUUUAUGCUAGUAGGUUUGAUUUCAAUGUAUAAUUUGAAUAAAUUGUUACAGCUAACGUUGUCCUUUAAACAUGCUUCUGUUUAAGUCUUAAAAUUGUUUUCUGUAUGGUUGCCGUGUUGUCUUUAUAUUUGCAAUCUUGAAACUAAUUUAAAGGAAACAGUCUUAAAGGUCUGUAAUGUUACCCAGUUUUCUGUAUGGCAUCCUUUCCUCAUGAAACAGACACGACUGGACAAUGUGGGCUUAAUCUUAGGUCAGUUUAAAUCCGUGUUACACAUCUACCGUGUUUAGAUUUUUGCAUGGUCCAAAAAAAAGCUAUAACAAAAUGUAUACCUAUCCUCCAACACAUUCCUUGGUUGCAUCUCCAAACUCAGCAUUAUUAACUCUUGUUUAGAGGCCAGUGGGAAAGGAAGCUUUCCAGGGAACUGGGAAGUAGCCAGAAAGCAUGUUUGCAUUAUCUGUUUCCUGGUGAGGAAAAUGCAUUUCCUUGCCAUGUCAGCUUGACCUCGAAGCAUGAAUUCAUUCAGAUUUCCUAAUGCACAACCUUUAGCACUCCCUGCCUCUUAUUUUUGAUAACAUUUUGAUUUUCACACAUAUAUUGUAUCAGAUUUCAUAUAUUUAUGUUUGUUUGUUUGUAGAAUGACAUUUCAAGAAGUCUCCUUUUUUGAAAGGGGCUACAGAGUGAAACUAAUAUAAACACUUGAUUGAGCUUAAUUUCUGGAAACUUGUAAAUCCAAACACUACUUUGGAAGAAAAUAAAUCUGAUUUGGUGAAUUCUUUUAAACUGA